AUGGCUUCAACAACGUUGUAUCAUCUCGAUCAACGAGUAUCCAUUGCUGGCAAGGGUGUAGGAACUAUUGCAUUUAUUGGAAAAACAGAAUUUGCUUAUGGUGAAUGGAUUGGCGUUAUUCUUGAUGAACCAAAAGGAAAAAAUAAUGGAACUGUACAAAAGAAAGAUGGAACACUUGUACGAUAUUUUACAUGUAAUGAUAAUCAUGGUCUAUAUGUACGACCUGGACAAAUUGAAUCUGUAAUUAUUGAUUUCCAAUCCAAUCUAACUCGAUCAUCUUCAAAUCAUUCAAUAAAAUCUGAAGGUAGUACAGGAAGUAUUCCACCACCAUCAACUUCAACAAUUACAAAAACAAGUGCUGUACCAACAAAACAAAGAGGACUUCGUGCACCAGCACCGGGUACAACCACUAAACUUCCAGGAUCUGAUGGUGAUAUUGAUCAAACAGGUAGUAAAAGCAUAUGUAGUUUUAUUUUUUGUUUUUUGUCGGUAACCACAUAAUGAUACAAAUGAAAAUAUUAGAAUUUUU